AUGGAGCCGGCGGAGGUGAAGGACCGCAUCCUGGAGAACAUCUCCCUCUCCGUCAAGAAGCUGCAGAGCUACUUUGCUGCCUGUGAAGAUGAGACGCCGGCCAUCAGAAACCACGACAAGGUCCUGCAGCGGCUCUGCGAACAUCUGGACCAUGCUCUGCUCUACGGCCUGCAAGAUCUGUACUUGGGUUACUGGGUGCUGGUGGUUCACUUCACCCGCCGGGAAGCCAUCAAACAGAUAGAAGUGCUUCAGCACGUGGCCACCAACCUGGGACGCAGCCGGGCAUGGCUGUACCUAGCCCUUAACGAAAACUCCUUGGAGAGCUAUUUGAGGCUGUUCCAGGAGAACCUAAGCCUGCUGCACAAGUACUACGUCAAGAACGCCCUGGUUUGCAGCCACGAUCAUCUGACCUUGUUCUUAACGCUGGUGUCCGGGCUGGAGUUCAUCCGCUUUGACUUGGAUCUGGACGCUCCUUACCUGGAUCUGGCCCCGUACAUGCCAGAUUACUACAAACCUCAAUACCUGCUAGACUUUGAGGACCGCCUGCCCAGCUCCGUGCACGGCUCGGACAGCCUGUCCCUCAACUCCUUCAACUCGGUCACCUCCACCAACCUGGAAUGGGACGACAGUGCCAUCGCUCCAUCCAGUGAAGAUUAUGAUUUUGGAGAUGUCUUUCCAGCAAUGCAGACCAUGCCCAGCAGAGACUGGGAAGACGGAGACCUCACAGACACGCUCAGCUGCCCGCGCUCCACCUCCUCGGAGGCCAACGGCAGCAAGGCCUCCGUGAAGAGCCCGACGCAGCGCUACAAUCCCUUCAACGAGGAGAAAGCCGACACGCCGUCCUCCACCGAGACCACGCCGGUGCACACCGCUUCUCAGGAGAAGGCAGAAGCCACCCCUGAAGGAACGGACCAGUCCGAGAGCUGCACAGAGCUGGAGGUCAUCAGGUUAGCCAAGAAGAAGAAAACAGGCAAGAAGAAGAAAGCGAAGCCUGAGGAACCGGUGAGCACCCCUGCGCCCGCGGUGCCCAAGACCCAGCAGGCCAGUGGAGACAGCGGCGUGAACGGGCUGAGCGACAGAGAAGACCCGCAGAGAGAGGAUGAUCCGGCUGGCGAGCCGGGCACGGGCGGGCAGGAGGAGGGCCGCGAGCGCUCUGCCCUCGGCCAGCCGUUUCGGACUGGCACGCCAGGCGAGACCCCGGAUGGAUCGUCCUCUGGCGACUUUAGUGAGGGAAUUUCAGCCCCCAUGGACUUCUACCGGUUUACCGUCGAGAGUCCAAACGCUGCUGCACCAGGUGGUGGCCACCAUGACGCUCCAGGGCCUGGCCCCCCGCCACAUGUUCCUGGUGGCCCUGAGGCUCCUGAAGAAGAAGAAAGCAGAGAGGGAGAAGCAGCUGGGGCAGUAGAGGAGUCUGGAGGGGCAAGUGAUGAACCCCAAAGUGGCCAGACAGAAACCGCCAACCCCCAGGCUCUCCGCGAGCCGAAGAAGGAGCAGCCCAGCCCUUCCCUGAGCAGCGCCGAGGACUCCGGCGUGGAGGAAGGGCAGGGCAGCCCUUCGGAGCUGACCCAUCCCUCCGAGUUCAGGGUGGAUAACAACCAUCUCCUCCUGCUGAUGAUCCAUGUCUUUCGGGAGAACGAGGAACAGUUGUUCAGGAUGAUCCGAAUGAGCACCGGGCACAUGGAGGGGAACCUGCAGCUGAUCUACGUCCUGCUGACGGAUUGCUACGUGUACCUGAUCCGGAAAGGGGCAGCAGAGAAGCCGUACAUGGUGGAGGAGGCCGUUUCCUAUAACGAGCUGGACUACAUUUCGGUGGGGCUGGAUCAGCAGACGGUGACUCUGGUGUGCACCAAUCGGAGGAAGCAGUUCCUGCUCGACACCGCGGACGUGGCUCUCACUGAGUUCUUCCUGGUCUCCUUGAAGUCAGCCAUGAUCAAAGGGUGCCGGGAGCCCCCAUACCCCAGUAUCCUCACGGACGCCACCAUGGAGAAGCUGGCACUGGCAAAGUUUGUGGCCCAGGAGUCCAAGUGCGAGGCCUGCAACGUGGUUGUGCGUUUCUAUGGCCUCGUUCACUGGGAAGACCCCAUGGACGAGGCGCUGGGACCUGCCAACAGCAGCUCCACCUCCGCCGAAAACGCAGUCACCAAGGACGGCAUCCUGCACUACAAGGCGGGGACCUCCUACCUGGGCAAAGAGCAGUGGAAGACCUGCUUCGUGGUGCUCAGCAACGGGAUCUUGUACCAGUACCCGGACCGCACGGACGUCACGCCUCUGCUCUCCAUCAACAUGGGCGGCGAGCAGUGCGGGGGAUGCCGGCGCUCCAACACCACCGACCGGCCCCACUCCUUCCAGGUGAUCCUGACGGACCGGCCCUCCCUGGAGCUGAGGGCUGAGAACGAGGAGGACAUGGCGGACUGGAUGCAGUACUUCUGCCAGGCCGUCUCCAAGGGGAGGUUCCUCUCGGCGCUGAACGCCGCGUGGAGGAACAUCUACCAGGUGAGCGGGCGAGGCUGCGUCACGCCCUUCCUCCGUGCAAGGAAGGGCGAUGGGGGCCGGCGCCCUCCGAGGAAGACGUGG